GACGGCUAACCGGCUAACGUGACAAGUGACAGCUCAGUCUGCCGUGUUGGAAGUUUUAGUAGUUCAGCUACCCGUCCUGUAUGUGAAGGACAUGCCAAUUAAUUUGUGUUUAUCUCACGGUCGUGUCGCCCAUGGGGGACGAGUAUAAGCUUCCUUCCCACACAAUCACGUGAAAGGCUAUAGGUGAUGAUAAGUGAUGCAGGGGCUAUGGAAAGUCUAUUGAUGAAGACUGCUGAAGAGCAGCAAACCUCUUUUUUCAAAGAUAGUUCAUGGCACAAUAACCAGGAAUCAACCCAGAAUCAAAAGCUAGGUGUCGGUGGGUUUGUUUUAGUGCAUGCAGGUGCAGGUUACCACUCGGAAUCAAAGGCAAAGGAGUACAAACAUGUAUGCAAAAGAGCUUGCCAACAAGCUGUGGACCAGCUCAGAGCAGGGGCACUUGCAGUUGAAGCAGUGGCUGCAGCACUGGUUGAGCUUGAGGACUCUCCUUUUACAAACGCAGGCUUGGGCUCCAACCUUAAUUUGUCAGGGGAAAUAGAAUGUGAUGCCAGUAUCAUGGAUGGUAAAUCACUGCAUUAUGGGGCUGUAGGUGCUAUUAGUGGUAUCAAGAACCCCAUCAUGGUUGCAAAUCGACUGCUCAGUGAAGCACAAAAAGGGAAACUGUCAGCAGGCAGAAUACCCCCCUGCUUUUUAGUGGGACAGGGUGCACAUGACUGGGCUGUUAGCCAUGGUGUCCCACCAUGCCCCUCAGAGAAAAUGGCCACAAAGUUCAGUUUAUCUGCUUAUAAGCGGAACAAAAGAAAGAUGGAGCUGGCUGAGAAAAUGGAAACCGGGCAUAAUCAAACAAAGAAGAGACGACAAUCAAGUGGAAACGAAAACGGUUCUGGGUGCCUUGACACUGUUGGAGCUAUUGUGGUUGACAUGCAAGGUAACGUAGCCGCAGCUGUAUCCAGUGGAGGUCUGGCCAUGAAACAUCCAGGCAGGGUUGGCCAGGCUGCUCAUUACGGAUGUGGCUGUUGGGCUGAAAAUGCAUGUAACAUGAACCCUUACUCUACAGCCGUGAGUACCUCAGGCUGCGGAGAGCAUCUGAUUCGCACCAUGUUGGCACGGGAAUGCUCUACCGCCAUGCAGUCGGAAGAUGCCCACCAAGCAUUGCUGGAAGCUAUGCAAAACAAGUUCAUCAGCUCACCCUUCUUGGGCAGUGAAGAUCGAGUUUUGGGUGGAGUAAUUGUCUUGCGGUGUUGCAGAUUUGUGGAACCUCAGCCAUCUCCAAAUAUUCAGGGUGCAUUAGUGGAGUUUCUUUGGAGUCACACCACAGAAAGCAUGUGCGUUGGCUACAUGUCUGCCCAAGAUAGCAAAGCAAAGACACACAUAUCCAGAUUACCACCUGGGACAGUUCCUGGUCAGUCCUUGGCCAUCGAGGGAGGUGUUUGUCGCCUGACGAGUACAAGGGAUUGAAUCACGUUUCUCCUUUCGUACUCUAAAGCAAUAUGCUAAACCCAACAAGCUUGGGUGUUUCACUUGUAGUUUGUGUACUUGCAGGACCUGCAUCUGGAUUAUACUUGAUACACCGUUGCCUUGAUGCGCCACUUUUCUCUUUUCCACAGUUGCUUUCUUCCUUCUUAGUGUAGAUAAGCUAUGACUAUGAGGUCAACAGGGUGAGUUUUGUAUUGCUGCACCGAUGGAGCGAUUUUUAACCCGAAAGGGAUGUCAAUGCGAAAUCAAAGUGCUUUUCAAGUAUAAAAUACAGCAUUAUGCACAUUGUAGGACGACAUUUACUGCAUAUCUUGAGUGUAGGCUACUGGUGUUAAACACAAGUGAUAAAUAAGCUCACUCGGUCUGUAGUCUUGUACACAUACUGUCUUACAAUGUACAAUGAAGAAUCACAUGCUUCUUAGAUAAUGAGCCUUACAAGUACAACAUCAGUUUAAAUAGUACCUACAUAGCACUGCAUGACUACAAAUCACGACUGCAUAUAUGCACUUCCAAAGCUACGCCAAUACUAUAUAGCACUCAGGUAGCAGUUAGAUAUCUUCUACAAAGAAUGACUGUCAGCAAACCAUUAAAGUAAUGCAUAUUUAUAUAGUUACCUAGAGAAGAGAAACAUGUAUUUUGUGGUUCUGAGAGAGAAGGGUAAUCUAAACUUUAAUUUAUGCAUUUUAAAGUCGAUGAUACUUGAAAAUAGCUUAUGAAAAUGAUUAAAGUUUAAAAAGAGAAAGAUUAUGCUCUACUGACAUUGCAGCAUAAAACCAUACAAAAUAAAAAAAAAUCCUAAUAUGUGCACAACACUAUACAGUGCUUCGGAAGUAAAUAAACGUGUUAUUGUGUUGCUGUGUCUUAGCUUCUUUGUCUUAACACACACUACCUUCAAGACAGGAUGAUUUCUUGGAAUUGUAGUGUUUCUUCUCCAGAAAAAAGACACG